GGGUCCUUGACGCAGGAUCUGAGCAUGAAGAGUAGUUUCCAGGCCUUUCUCGAGCCCCCCAGGUAACAAAAGACCUCCUGGCCCGCAGCUGUCCACGCGGGAUGCCCCGCGCGCGCCGGAGAGCCCCGCCGCUGUUUCCUUAGUGUGGCGCCGGGCAUCCCGGGCGGGGCGUUCGGGGCUUUCUCCCCGGCGGCGGCGGCGGCCGUCGGUUGAUUUUCUUUCUUGGCGCCGGGCCGUGCCCUGCUCCUGCGGGCAGGAUGGCCCAGUCCAAGGCCAACGGCUCGCACUACGCCCUCACCGCCAUCGGCCUGGGCAUGCUGGUCCUCGGGGUCAUCAUGGCCAUGUGGAACCUGGUCCCCGGGUUCAGCGCCGCCGAGAAGCCGCCGGCCCAGGGGAGCAACAAGACCGAGACGAGCAGCGGCAUCCUCAAGAGCAAGACGUUCUCCGUGGCCUACGUGCUGGUGGGCGCGGGCGUGGCGCUGCUGCUGCUGUCCAUCUGCCUGAGCAUCCGCGACCGGAGGAAGCAGCGGCAGGGCGAGGAGCUGGCGCGCAUCCAGCCCCUGCCCGGGCCCGCGCCGCAGGCCCCGGAGGAGGACAGCCAGGAGGAAGAAGAGGAGGCCUCCUCGCGCUACUACGUCCCCAGUUACGAGGAGGUGAUGAACACGAACUUCUCGGAAGCCAGGGAGCCCGACCGGAGCCCGAGGAUGAGCAUCUCCCUCCCCUCCUACGAGUCCUUGACGGGGCUCGACGAGACCAGCCCCACGACGACCAGGGCCGAGGUGGAGGGCGGCCCGGGGAACCCUCCCGACAGGCAGAACUCCAAGUCGGCCAAACGCGUGAAGCCGCUGAAAGUCCGGAGGAUUAAAUCCGAGAAACUUCACCUCAAAGACUUCAGGAUCAACCUCCCGGACAAGAAUGCCCCUCCGCCCUCCAUCGAGCCUUUGACUCCCCCGCCCCAGUACGAGGAGGUCCGGGAGAAGGCCCCCAACGCCCGGCCCCCUGACUGACGGCCCUCUCGGGGGGCGCUCCCUCCUGUCGCCCGCCCUCCGCACCAACACACCCCAAUGAAGCCACUCCAGCCGCUGGUGAGAAGCGAGGGGACAGACGCAGGCUGAGCAGCUUGGGGCGGGGGUGCGGGUUGGGGAGUCCCGUGAUUCUGGGGUGACGCACGUCCACGGGACCUCGCGGAGCAGGUGCACCGGGCAGAGAA